AUGGCUGGCUUCCUUCUUGGCCCUACUUUCCAGCCACCGUCAGGGCUCUUAAAUUCCCUUGACGUGAGAGCUGUGACUGCCAAUCUGUCAACCUCCUUGAUUCAGGCUAUUAAUCAUGGUCACAGCAGCUAUGGAGACUUCGCUGCCGAUUCUUCCUCAAUCUCCAUCACGGCGUUGUCCACCCAGGAUGACCAGAACUCUCCCUUGUUUGAUUUUCAUUUUUCAUCGCCUUCUUUGAACCAGUCAGCUGGUAGUACUAAAACAGUGACCAAUACAUCCAUGUACAGGAUUGGUAGCAUUUCCAAGAUCUUCACUGUGUAUACUCUUUUGGUCAACUACGGUUGGGAGCAUUGGAACGACUGCAUUAUGGAGUAUCUGCCUGAACUUCAAGAUGCUGCUGAUCUCAAUCACGACCCUUCGGUUGCGCAUGUCGACUGGAGCAAAAUCACCAUUGGAGAUCUUGCCUCGCAGCUAUCUGGUAUCGGCAGGGACUAUUCCUAUGGGGACUUGGCCAGUCUUGAUAUCCCUUGGACAGAAGCUGGACUACCUCCACUAUCCCCAGAUGAUGUCCCACAAUGCGGUGGUAAUGCUAGCAUGCCACCAUGCAAUCGCGACGAAUACUUCCACGGUCUACUUGGAAGAGCGCCAGUUUUCGCACCGCAAACGACCCCUGUCUAUUCAAAUACCGCCUUCCGACUACUCGGAUAUAUCAUACAAGCAAUUAGUGGUACUAGGUUGGACAAACUGCUACAGUCUUCAGUCCUUCGACCUUUGAAUCUGACAACUACCACCUAUGCAAUCCCUACGGACAGGGGCUCGUGGGUAAUACCAAAUGGCGAGAGCGGGUGGUAUCAAGACACGGGUGACGAGACACCUACCGCAGGGAUAUACUCAUCGUCGUCAGAUUUGGCAAAGUUUGGCCGUGAUAUUCUGCUCAGCACGCAGCUUUCUCCGAUCGAAACUAGGCGCUGGAUGAAGCCAAGCUCCCAUACUUCAGGUCUUUCUUUAUCCGUGGGUAGCCCCUGGGAGAUCCUGCGGUCCAAAAGCAAGAUAACCCAUGGCCGCACUAUUGACUUGUACACCAAGUCCGGAAGUAUUGGACAAUAUAACUCGCUGCUAGUGAUCUCCCAGGACUACGGCGUUGCGCUUUCGAUCAUGACCGCCGGUCCAAGUAGCGCGGCGGUUAUUGAAGUCGCUUCCGAAAUGGUCCUCCAGACUCUGAUCCCGACUCUGGAGGAUCAAACUCUCUAUGAAGCAUGCAAGAGCUUGUGUGGGACCUAUCAGUCGUCCGAUCCGAGCAAAAACUCGAGUCUUACCCUGUCUAUGGACACAAAUGGUCUCCAGGUUGAGCGGUGGAUCAAUCGCGGUGUCGACUUCCUGGCUGUUAUUCAGGCUUAUGCCUCUCAAACCGGCAGCCCAUUCAUUCACAUGAUCCUCCAGACGACGAAUCUAGAAUAUCCGCCAAAUAUUCAAGGCAAAGAUGUUACGUCUCGUCGAGUAGCAUACCGGGCAAUUUUUGAGAAAGACAUGAGUGACUCAACUGGCCAACACCGAAUUGUGGACCAAAGCGCGAGACAAUGGAGCUCUGUCGAUACUCCAAUGUACGGGGAGAUUGCUUAUGAUGACUUUGUCAUUUACUUCGAUCAUUCUGGGGUCGCCUUCGCGAUAGAACCUCGAGUGAUGAGAGAGACCUUGUAUAAGGUUGAUGGCGGAGCAGGCAACUCUCCUCAUUCCACUCAGGUAAUUUGA